AUGGAUGAGCGUGACGUCGAGAGGGGAUGUGACGACUUGGAAUCAGAAAUUCAGGCGACGCUUGACGAGGCAUACUUAGGAGGUGAUGCGAGCGAGGGACGGACGUACAGGUGGGGGAUGGGACAGAGCGCCACGCCCUCCCGCCCCACGGUCACCACCAGCGAGGAGACGCACGCACCGCACAACCGAUACAACCCGCACAAGGUGAUAUUUGGUUGUGCAGAGCGAGAAGCUGCCGCUGGUUUCUCCCCGGGCGCGGGGCAGGCGAGACAACGGAAGGGGGACGUCGAUGGAUGGGGCGAGGGAACUUGUAGGAAGGAGACGAGGUGCCAGCCACUGAGCCAGGGGGACUCACACAUUCUUCAAUUCCUUCUUCACCUCCUCAAAGGAUCAGCGCCUCUCAUCACUGACUCCGGCGUACACAACCGGCUUUGCCUGUCGUUGAUCAUUCAGGUCUUGUCGGAAGAUUGGGUGCAAAAGCGCGGUUGCAGGGGACACCGGAGGGCUUGCAGUGGAAGCGCGAAUCGAGGCAGGAGAGCGCAGCCGUUGGCGUCGGUGGAACUUGAAGGCCUUGGUCAACCAGUCGGAAGAAACCGGACCCGUCCUUCGUUCUCAUCGUCCGAGUCGGCUUGUACGGUCCUUGCAAUUGGGGUUACUACUUUGAAUCGAACAUGCGCGCUGAGCGAGUCCAUCCUCCUGAAUUUCUCACUUGAACAUUGGUCGCGAACCUUCCCGUCUGUCGACAAAGUCACAGUGUUUUCAAUCAGAGCGGUCAUGGAGUUGUACCAUUCCCUAGUACCGCAGGAGGUACAGAGCAGGUCCGAGCAGCAGUUCAGUCGGAUCGAGCUAGAUGAUACAACGACGAAAACCAUACAUUCUAUAGAUAUUCGCAUAUCAGAGCUCGAGCAGGAACUGUGCCAAAUUAGGCGUUGUCGCAACAGUCUCAUGCCUGUCGCUCGACUCCCGGCGGAGCUGGUCACAAAAGUUGUCUUGUUGGCCUGGCAGGGCUGUGCCUCGUAUAGGCCGACGUUCUUGGUCGACGUGACGCAUGUCUGGAGUCAUUGGAGACAGAAUAUUCUGGAGACACAUCUUCUGUGGUCGCGGCUACAUCGCAUUCGCGAGCUUGACAUUCACAUGCAUGUGCGCGGAAAUACGUGGAAUCCAAAGCCAUUGGACCAACGGCUUAAAGAACGAGAGCUCCACGAUCUACGGUCCCUCGUCUUGUCAAGUGAUUGUUCCGCUUUACUGGCAUAUCUGGAACUGCCAAUGAUAAGCAAUAUCCAUAUUCUACUGCAUAGCUUCACGUGCGAUUGGUACAGCAUACAAGAUCACAUAGAACACAAAGUAUUCCCCGUGUUAGAGCUCCUUGGACCCAUCAUUGCGCUAUUUCACAGUGCAUCAAUCUCCCGUGGCUGCACGAAGUUCACCUUGGCUAACUCAUGGAGGAUGGGAAUGGGCGCGAAGCCCACUACGUCUCCUUCGGAAAACGCCAGGAUGUGGGUCUCGAUGGCGAUUGCAACAGAACAUCCCUGCGACGAUGUUGUCAAGAACUUCAAAGAGGCCGAACAGCUUUUGCUCCAGUCGCUGGUCACGGACGACCUCGAAUAUCUCCAACUCGAGACUGCAUUACGGCCGCACAUAACCCGGCUUUGGGUGACCCGCGCCCAUGAAGAAUUCACAGACGCUCUGUCCGUAGGGACCAAUGAGCCAGAGACAUGCAUGGAGGAGACGAGCACCCAAGAUAUCACCCACCGUGUACUGUUUCCCUCGCUACAGUACCUAGUACUUGAGGAGAAAACCGAUGAGUACUACCACGAAGAUCUUGUCGAGGAGCUGUCGCGCUCACUGAAAUCGAGGGAGCGUGCGGGCAUUCCGCGCCUGUCGCAUCUUGACAUCCGCGGCGUCGAAGGCUGGCCGAGUCAGCAUGUCCCGCGCUUGCAGGAGAUGGUAGAGAAGCUUACUUUACGCCCCCCCGCUGAGAUUCACCGAGAGCAGCAGACUGAGGAAGGCUCAACUGCCGGAGUUGCAGAGCGGAGGGAGGACGAGGAGGCUGAUAGUGGCGAGGAUGACGUGUGGGAAGAGGACCCGUGGUUUGAGGCGCAACAUAACCAGUCUGAGUGA